UUAUUUCCAUUUUCAUGACCAAACACAUCCCCUUAUCCACUGUUUAUCAUCCGUCCCUCCUCAACGGCGAUAAUCGAUGGUGAUGGAUAUCCUGAGUUCACAAGUCUCCGCCGUCCCAUUUUUUGACGGUGCCGCCACUCGCCGUCGUCGCUCUGCCACAUUCAGCCUCAACGUAAGGGCAACCCUUCCUUUCCCGCACCAAAACUCUACGUACUACAAAGAGCUUGAAGCUGCUGUUGACGUAGUCCAGAAGGCUUGCAAUUUCACUCUCCAUGUGCAAUCAUCUUUGUUCUCAACUGAUGGGAAGAUUAUUGAGAAAAAUGACCAGACUCCCGUGACUGUUGCCGAUUUUGGAGUUCAGGCUCUCAUAAGUUUGGAGUUAAAUAAGCUGUUCCCUUCUAUACCUUUGGUGGCUGAGGAGGACUCUGCUUUCUUGCGAUCAAGAAAUUUAGUAGGUACCGUGCUUGAUGCAAUAACUGCUACAGAUAGCUCCACCUGUAAAUCAUUGACACAAGAUGAUGUACUAGAAGCAAUUGAUAGAGGAAGCAAGGAAGCUUUUGUAUUUGGACCAAAGCCAGCCACAUAUUGGCUGCUUGACCCAAUUGAUGGCACCCGUGGUUUUCUAAUGGCUGGCAAAGCCUUUUAUGUGGUUGGUUUGGCAUUGGUGGUUGAGGGAGAGAUUGUAAUUGGUGUAAUGGGCUGUCCUACCUGGAAGGAAGAUUUAUCUGAGAAAUCCUCUGCUGAUAUUGAUGAGGAGUGGGAUUCUCUUAAUGGAUCAGGAACUGUAAUGAUUGCCCAUAAAGGUUGUGGAACAUGGAUGAAAACUUUGAAUAGCCAACUGAAAUCACCGGAUGUGUGGACCAAAUGUUUUGUUGAUGGGUCUGACGUAAUACAUAAAGCACGCUUUUGUAUUUCAGAUAGUGAAAAAUGGGAAGCACAGCUGUCUCCAUUAUUUAAGGCAGUAAGCAAUACUGAUAACGUAGGCAGCAACCAAAUCCAUCUUUUGCGGGCAUGUUGUGGAAGUUUAUGCAAGUAUUUGAUGGUGGCGUCUGGCAGAGCAUCUAUUUUCAUUCUUCGAGCAAAACAGAAGGCCGUUAUGAUGGCCUGGGAUCAUGCAGCUGGCAUUAUAUGCGUUCACGAAGCAGGGGGAAAGAUCAUCGAGCACCAACCCAAGCAGUCCCAUGACGACGCUUCUAGCAUUCACAGACAACCUUCGCCUUCUGCAUUUAAUCCACACGUCGUCCAAAGGGGAAGGCUGUCUGAAUGCUGGAAGCAUCGUCGCGGGACUGCUUGGGUUGGUGUUUGCUGGUGCUCGAUGAUCUUCUCCACACAACAACGUUAACGAGUGAAUGGAAAAAUGAAGGCAAAGAAGGCAACAACAAACGUGAAUGGGAAAAGGAGAAGCUGAAUUUAAAUGUGCCUCAUGAUAUAGUUUAGGUCAACUAGAUUCUUUGUGGGUGCAGAGGCCUGCACAAAAGCAUAUUCAGAUUCGCUGGCUGGGUGCAAGAUUUCAGUGCAGUUGAAUAUUUUUACUAUUUUUUCUCUUUUUUUCAUUUAACUUUAAUUGUGGGCAAAAUUGGAAAUAAGAAAAGUUUUGGGGUACAGGAGAAAUGGUUUGGGGUGCAGGGAGAAGCUUCCACGAGAGUUAAGUCUUGGUUAAGUGAGACAUAUUUUCCUAAAAUAUGUUGCCUCUUUGGUGUUACUCGCUUAAGAAGCCUAGUAUUCUUCAAGGAAGCCUUCAUAGAGUGACUCGCUUGGAGGAACAAUUGACUUUGUUUGAGUGAUCCCUUGAAUAUUUA